AUGAAUUCAAUGAAUCAUUCCACCAUGAUCAUAAACCAACAAAAUAGCAAUGAGUUACAUGGGUAUGAAGAUCAAAACAAGGAAAAAGAGUCGUUCCUUUCCCAACUCCCUAAAACCAAAGGAUGGUUAGGUUCUUCUAGUACUCUUUGCUUGUACCAAAACUUUUGGUGUCCACCAACAAUUGUUCCCAACAUAAUUUCAUUCCAAGAACACUUCCAAGCUCUUGACCAAGACAUAAUUCUAGCCUCAAAGCCAAAAUCAGGCACCACUUGGUUGAAAGCCCUUUUGUUCUCAAUAAUCAACCGAGCCAACACCACACUCUCUAACACUCCUUUGCUUAGUUCUAACCCUCAUGAGCUUGUGCCUUUUUUUGAGUUUAAUUUGUAUGCAAAUAACCAAAAAAAUCCCCAUCUAGGAAGCAUUCCAGCCCCAAGACUAUUCUCCACUCACAUUCCCUAUGAUUCUUUACCAAAAUCCAUCACAGAGUCGCAAUCUCGAAUCGUCUACAUUUGUCGAAACCCUCUUGAUACCAUUGUUUCCCAUUGGCAUUUUGCAAAUCAAAUUGAUGAGGAUGAUCAUCUCAACCAUUGUUCUUCAAAGUGGAGUUUGGAGGAGUUUGUGGAAGCAUAUUGCAAUGGUGUGGAGGUUUAUGGGCCAUUUUGGAGCCAUUUUCUUGGAUAUUGGAAGCAAAGUGUAAAGAAUCCUCAAAAGGUUAUGUUUUUUAAGUAUGAAGAUUUGAAAAAGGACACUAAAACUCAAGUGAAAAGGUUGGCUGAGUUUGUAGGGUUUCCUUUUUCUUUGGAGGAAGAGACAUUAGGGAUUGUUGAUGAAAUAUUGGAGUUUUGUAGUUUGAAGAAUUUGAAGGAGUUGGAUGUGAAUAAACAUGGAAAAUUCAUGCCUUAUUUUGAAAAUAAAAGCUAUUUUAGGAAAGGAGAAGUGGGAGAUUGGGUUAAUCAUCUUAGUUCAGACAUGGUGGAGCAUGUGGAAAAAUUAAUCCAUGAGAAAUUAACUUCUUCUGGUUUGAUACUCUAA